AUGUCUUCCAACGUUGGCCUCACGACUCCUCGAGGCAGUGGUACCUCGGGCUACGUCCAGCGCAAUCUUGCGCAUCUCAAACCCCGAGAACAGUUCAAGCCAUACCCUACCGACGGCGACCUGAAGCACCGCCAACGCCAGCCCGACAAGGAAAUCCUCGAACAUGACCGGAAGCGCGAUGUUGAGGUGAAAGUUUUUGAACUUCAAGACAAGUUAGAAGAUGAAGGUGUCGACGAGGAGGAGAUUGAAAAACAGACCGAGGCACUACGACAAAAGUUACUGGGAGAAAUGAAGAAGGGAACCGAUAGGCGAGAUGCGAAAGGACUCAAGUCCCAUCAAGUACACGAGCUGGCGGAGGCGAAGAUCAGAGAGAGCGAUCGGUUCAGGAACGCCUUGGGAAUCAGCAAGAACUACGAAGAGGGGUCUCAUUGGAGGAAACAGGAGGAAAGGAUGCGGGAAAGCCUUGAGAAGAGCGGAAAUGACGAUAAGGAACGAAAGAGCGCUGCUUAA